AGUAGCUUACUCGCCCCUGUUCCUUCUCACGAUUCCACUCCCACCGGUCAUUGCUGAUUUAACAGCUAGCGAGUUGCUCGAAACGAUGGCUAGAAGAGUAAGAUGCAGCAGAUGUGGGGUUCAAAUGUUGGUUUCACCCGAGGCACGAGCCGUUCGUUGUUCCAUGUGCCACGCUGUUACCGAUCUUGUCAUGAUCAAUGCUCGACCGGGCCGGAUCGGUUAUGAUGGCUAUCACGGGGCGCCAAGGAUGCAUGGAUAUUCGUAUAUGAAUGGUCCGCAACCACGUCCCCCGCAACCGCAACCUUCCUUGUCUCCUGUUCCGGUCCACGGAAGAAAACGGGCACUUCUUUGCGGCGUGAAUUACCAUGGGAAGAGUUACAAACUCAGAGGAAGUAUCAAUGAUGCCAAGUGUAUGAAACACCUACUUGUGGAGAAACUAGGAUUUCCUAAUGAGUCCAUUUUAAUGCUCACAGAGGAAGAGAGAGAUCCUUUAAAGAUCCCGACGAAACAGAACAUCCGAAAGGCUUUGAGAUGGCUGGUCUACGGAUGCCAACCAGGGGACUCGCUAGUGUUUCAUUUCUCCGGUCAUGGCACUCGGCAAAAGGAUUAUAACCAGGACGAAGUCGACGAAUUCGAUGAAGCGUUGUGCCCUCUCGAUCACGAAACCGAAGGGAACAUAAUUGACGAUGAAAUCAACGACACCAUUGUGAAACCACUGACUCGAGGAACCACGCUGCACGGGAUCAUAGACGCCUGCUACAGCGGAACUGUUCUCGAUCUUCCUUUUGUUUGCCGGAUGAACGAGAAAGGGUAUAUGUGGGAAGAUCAGACAAACCCUUUUUUUUACAAGCGUACGAGUGGAGGAUUAGCUGUCUGUGUGAGUGCUUGUGAUGAUCAUCAAACCUCUGCUGAUACCACUGCCUUCACCGGAAGCAAAAAGAGAACUGGUGCCAUGACGUUCAGCUUCGUCCAAGCGGUUCAAAACGAACCUAGGCUAACGUAUGGCAGCUUGCUUAACGCGAUGCGCUCUGUGAUUCGUGGCGUUAGCGAAGCUAUGGACGGAGCAACGCAGGAUCCACAGUUAACUUCAUCGGAGAGAUUUGACAUCUACAAGAAGCCAUUUGUGCUCUAGUAAUUUCUGUUGUUCUUGAGGAACUGCCUACUACUAUACUUGUUU